AAAACAGUUUUUAAUACAAAAAUUAUGAAUUUCACUCUUCAAUAAAUAAAAGUGGAAGGAAUCUUGGUAUUGCGUUCAUAUGGUAGACUCAAACAGAUACUAUAUAUAUGUGAGUGCUUGGUCUCCUCGGAAUUCAUAAGAGAAAAACAGCAGUUGCAAAGCCUCUCUUCUAUUACUUGCAGACCAUGGCAGGACGGUCCUUUCAACACCUUCUUAGCUUUCUUGUGCUUUUGCUGCUAUGUGCCAAACCUGGCCUCGGGAAUGUUACUGGGUGCAUAGAGAGGGAGAGACAAGCUCUCCUUCACUUCAAACGUGGCCUUGUCGAUGACUAUGGCCUUCUUUCUUCUUGGGGAGAUGAACAUGACAACAGAAAUUGUUGCAACUGGAGAGGAGUCCAGUGUAGUAACCAGUCAGGUCACGUCAUCAUGCUUCAUCUUCAAGCCCCUCCUUCUGAAUAUGCUUAUGAGUACCAGUCUCUAAGAGGUGAGAUAAGUCCUUCGCUGCUUGAAUUGGAGCAUUUGACUCAUUUGGAUCUCAGCUGUAUUGAUUUUGAAUGGAGGCAUAUACCUCCAUUCCUUGGUUUCCUCAGCAGAAUGCAGUACCUCAAUCUCUCUCAUGCCAAUUUCAAUCACACUAUUCCCACUCAACUGGGAAAUCUUUCCAACUUGCUUUCCCUUGACCUCAGCCAUAAUUAUUAUGACUUGAAUUCUGGGAACCUGGAGUGCCUUUCUCGUCUUUCUUCUUUAAGACACCUUGACCUGAGUUCUGUCGACCUUAGUAAAGCCAUCCACUGGUCCCAAGCAAUUAAUAAACUCCCUUCUCUCAUUCACUUGGAUUUACAAAGUUGUGGCCUCCCUCUCAUCCCUCCACUCACCAUUCCGUCUCUUUCCCAUGCGAAUUCCUCUGUCCCUCUUGUUUUCCUUGAUCUCUCUGUGAAUUAUCUCACUUUUUCAAUAUACCCAUGGCUGCUCAACUUUAAUACCACCCUCCUUCAUCUUGAUCUCUCUUUCAAUGAUUUAAACGGUUCGAUUCCGGAAUAUGCUUUUGGAAACAUGAAUUCGCUUGAAUAUCUUGAUCUCUCUAGGAGUUAUCUCACUUCUUCAAUAUACCCAUGGCUGCUCAACUUUAAUACCACCCUCCUUCAUCUUGAUCUCUCUUUCAAUGAUUUAAACGGUUCGAUUCCGGAAUAUGCUUUUGGAAACAUGAAUUCGCUUGAAUAUCUUGAUCUCUCUGGGAGUCAACUUGAUGGUGAGAUUCUGAAUGCAAUUAGAGACAUGAGUUCACUUGCAUAUCUUGAUCUCUCUGAAAAUCAACUACGAGGCUCAAUUCCAGAUACAGUUGGGAAGAUGGUUUCACUUUCACAUCUUGAUCUCUCUGGCAAUCAACUGCAGGGCUCAAUUCCAGAUACAGUUGGGAAGAUGGUUUUACUUUCACAUCUUGAUCUUUCUUUCAAUCAACUAUGGGGCUCAAUUCCAGAUACAGUUGGGAAGAUGGUUUUACUUUCACAUCUUGAUCUCUCUUACAAUCAACUGCAUGGCUCAAUUCCAGACGCAGUUGGGAAGAUGGUUUUACUUUCACAUCUUGAUCUCUCUGGCAAUCAACUGCAGGGCUCAAUUCCAAAUACAGUUGGGAACAUGGUUUUACUGUCACAUUUUGGUCUCUCUUACAAUCAAUUGCGGGGCUCAAUUCCAGACACAGUUGGGAAGAUGGUUUUACUUUCACGUCUUGAUCUCUCUAACAAUCAACUGCAGGGCUCAGUUCCAGAUACGGUGGGGAAGAUGGUUUUACUUUCACAUCUUGAUCUCUCUGGCAAUCAACUGCAAGGCUCAGUUCCAGAUACAGUUGGAAAAAUGGUUUUACUUUCACAUCUUGAUCUCUCUCGCAAUCAACUACAGGGCUGCAUUCCAGAUAUAGUUGGGAACAUGGUUUCUCUUGAAAAACUCUAUCUCUCUCAGAAUCAUCUUCAAGGACUGCAACUCUUGUUCUUGCAAUAUUAGCAUGGUUGAAUGCAAAUCGUCGUGUCCUUCCUUCUAUGAUAGAUUUUGGGAUGUAAUAGGUUUCUUGUUUUAUUUUGAGGAUUACUUAUGUUCAUUAGAUGCAUAUUUUACAUUUUAUUCAGAAAUUUGUGUGA